UUGCUCCGUUUCCCACAAUUGGUAAACCCCAAUUAUAAGAAAGAAGCAGCCAUUUUGAUAGACAGAUGAAAGAGAUGACGUCUAUUGAAAAAAGAUAAACAAUACACAUUACCGAAGAUUUUUGUUGAAUAACACAUUUCAACAGUGAUGGAUGGAAAUACAGUUGAAAAUGAACCAGAGACUGCGGCUCCGUCAGAUCCAUCUUCACAGGAUUGUGCAGAUAAAGAUGCAGUGGAGAAAGAGGAUAGUCCAACGAAUGGAAAAAGACAACUAGAAGAUGAAGAAGUUGAUAAAGCUGAAAGUCCUCCAGUUAAAAGGUCUAAGACCACUGAUGAUGAAAAGGAAUCUGAAACUGCUGACAAAGAGGAAUCAGAAAAAAUGGAUGUCAGUCAAACUGAAGAAGCUCCUGAAGAGAAAUCUGAGGACAAUAAAGUAGAAAUUGUGGAAAAACAUGAUGAUGGAAAGAUAAUAGAAAAUACUGCAGAAAAGGAAACGACAGAUGAUAAAGAAAAAACUAAAACUGAGGAUAAUGAAAGUGUUUUAGUUAAUAAGGUGGAGGACAUAUCAAAAGACAGUAAGGUUGUGAUGAAUGGAGUAAAUGGUGAUGAUAAUGUAGAGGAAGAUAUGGGUUUGGAUAAUAAAUCGGAAAAUGAAGAGAAAACUAAAGAAGGUUCAGUGCAUUCUGAAGACAGUGAGAAAGAAAAUGUUGAUGUGCCAAUGGAUUUAAGCAGAAAGUCUGCAACACCAGUGAAAGACGUUAUCAUGCUAUCUGAUGAGGAAGAAGCAAAUGAGGCGAGAAUGAAUGGAGAACAGGAUUAUAGUCUAGAUGAUCUCAAACUAAAACGAAAGAUGAUUAAACGUCUUCAAGCCGAACUUAGAAAUGAAGAGGCAAAAUUAGUGUUACUGAAAAAGUUGAGAUUUAGUCAGAUGUCUCAACAAGUAGCAGAUAAUGUGGCAAGAAAGACUCCACAGCCUAAUCAGCAUUCCUCACAGCCUCCACCUCUUGUGAGAGGGAACCAGCAAAAUGGUCAGCAAGCCAAGCCGGCACACAGCCAGCCACCUCAGCUGCAGAGACCAAAUGGAAACAUACUCAAUAACAAGUCGCAAGGGCCGCCACCAUUGGUGAUGGCACCUAGAGUGGAUCAGCAACAACUUAUAAGGAACCAGAUGAAGUUACUGCAGCAGCAACAACAGCAGCAGCAGCAGUUGAACUCUGGAAAACAACAGCAGAAUAAUCUGUCUGGAUUCCGCGGAACCCAGGCACAGGCAGAUGCUUUAAGGCAGAUGCAACAAGUACAGCAGAGAACUGUUGAAGAAACUCCUGCACAACGUCAAGCAGCUGCAAAACUUGCCUUAAGGAAACAACUGGAGAAGACCCUGCUUCAAAUUCCCCCUCCUAAACCACCUCCGCCAGAGAUGAAUUUUAUUCCAAGUCUUGCUAGUCCUGAUUUCAUAUACCUGCUUGGGUUAGAGGAAGCUGUGAAUUUUAUUAUCGACACAAAUCUAAUAUCAAAAGGUCGUAAAAACCCAGAUGAGAAAAUGGUGUGUAAUCCAUUUACAUGUGUUCAGUGCGGAACAGAUUUCACUCCAGUUUGGAAACGUGAAAAGCCAGGCUCAAAGAAUGUAAUAUGCGAGCAGUGUGUAACAUCAAAUCAAAAGAAAGCUCUGAAACAAGAGCACACAAAUAGACUAAAGAGUGCUUUUGUGAAAGCUCUCCAGCAAGAGCAAGAGAUUGAAAGAAUGCAGUCACAGGAGAUGAAAUCGGCACCAGUGUCUGUGCCAAAGGAAAAAUCAGAUUCUCGUUCAGAGCGAGAUUCAAGGGAAUCCUCGGCAAGGAAUGCUGCGGCGCAAGCAUACAAGGAGUCUAUGGAGACUCUACGACAGCAUCAGAAUCUUGUCCAGGCGCACCAGGCUGCAGCUUUACGUAUGGGUCAGCCCCUAGGAUUGCAGGGUUUCAACCCCAGGGCACCAUUCCCCUAUCAGCUGCCAUUUGCAGCAAGGGCUUCAGAUCUCCAGAGGCAGUAUUUACUAGACAUGAUACCCAAAGGUGGUCUACCUUGGAAUUCUUAGUUACAGUGUAAAAAUAUUUUGUUACUUGAAGCUCAGUUUUUAUAUAAUAAUUUCUCAUGUGGUGCUGGAUGCUUUAUACAAAAUCAUGUAUUUAUAGCGAAAUAAGGGCAUGACUAUUACUUACUUUGUUGAUCUUUUUACUAAGAAUUCUGAAUGGCUUAUACUACCAGUAGUCGAUCACUGACACUUACAGAAUAUAAAAUAAGCUUGCUGUUAUGUAUAACUGAUCAAGGAAAAUUUGCUUAUGUUGGAGCUUUGGUCAUUGCUGUUAAAAAGGAGUUUAGUUUCUAAAAAAAAUUUUAAGAUCAGUAAUAGACCUGCAGGGAUAUAGUGAAACUUAAAUUUUUUAACGAACUUUAAAGAUGAUCCGAAUGAUCAGACCAAAAAAGAUGAUUUCAUUCUGAAUUUUUUGUUUUGAUUAUUAUUUUACCCACAAUGUUAAAACUUACAACAUUUUCACGAUAACUUAAAAGUUAAACUGACAAUGUAGAAUGUUUACUCAAUUAGUUUUAGAAGUGUUUGGUUUAUGAAUAGUUUUUUCUCAGUAAUACCCUUUAAAGACUUCGCAAACUUCAUGGCAAAGUUUUAUAAUAAAUCUGUAGAUGCAGUUACACAUGUUUGUAAUAUUAACUUGCCUAGCAGUAUUAAUCAUCAAAAAUGCACGCUUUACAAGGUCUCAAUUUUGUUUUCAUCUUUUUCACUUGCUGUUGUAAAAUUGUUAAGUAUGAUUUGUUUUGUAUUUGGUUGUUAAAAGUUGUAACAUUGACUACUGCUAUGUUUGAGAUAUCUUUAGUUUUUAGCUCACCUGUCACAAACUGACAAGGUGAGCUUUUGUGAUCGCGCGGUGUCCGUCGUUCGUGCGUCCGUAAACUUUUCCUUGUGACAUCUCUAGAGGUCACAUUUUUCAUGGGAUCUUUAUGAAAAUCGGUCAGAAUGUUCAUCUUGGUAAAUUCUAGGUCAAGUUCGAAACUGGGUCACCUGCCUUCAAAAACUAGGUCAGUAGGUCUAAAAUAGAAAAACAUUGUGACCUCUCUAGAGGCCAUAAUUUUCAAUGGAUCUUCAUGGAAAUUGGUCAGAAUAUUCACCUUGAUGAUAUCUAGGUCAAGUUGGAAACUGGGUCACAUGCGGUCAAAAACUAGGUCAGUAGGUCUAAAAAUAGAAAAACCUUGUGACCUCUCUAGAGGCCAUACUUGUGAAUGGAUCUCC